GGGAGAUUUUGCGCCCCAAAGGGGCAGAUGUGCUCUGAGAAAGCCCUACAGAGAACCCAAAUCGUGCCCCGUAGGUAAGGUCCCGUGUGCGUCCCCUUCCUCGGGGUCAUUCCCUAAAUCCAUAGCCUUCCCCCUAGCUCCCUGAAGCCCUGUCAGGCCACCCGCUAGAUUUAGGUCAGAAAACACACAGCUCUCCUUCGCCUCAGCGAAAUUACUAAGUGGAAUUUAUUGGGCAAGUCCAUGCAGGGCAGUGGGGAGAGACCGUGUCCCGGGACCGGGCCCCCGCCAGCUUUAGAAGUACAGGCGUUGGCCGGGGGCUCAGGGCUCGGGGUGCCCAUGGCCAGGGCUCGCCAGCCCCACCUCGGGAGCCGAGGCUGGUUCCCAGCGCUACUGGACCCGCGGGGCCGCUCGGACUCCGUUCCCCAGCCGGCCCUUCGCUUUCACACGAUCCGCGGUGACUGCACCAGCUCGAGCGCCUUUAAAGGGCCACACACGCCAGCCGCCGCUAUAAAAUGUUCCCAGCGGCACAGCUGCAGAAGGGGCACCGCUGAGCUGCCGAGAGGAGACUUGCUCCGCCCGGCAGCCCGUCCGCAGCCCGCCAGCGAAGGGUCGUUCCUGGCGAGGAGGAAGAAGGCUGAGGAAGGCACAGCUCUAGCGCUGGGGCAGGCGGCUUCACGGAGCACAACAGCCCAGCUGGCAGCAUCACCUCCCACCAACUUAUCCAACUUCUGCCAAGUCUCUGAAAUGCCAACCACCUCGAGACCUGCACUUGAUGUCAAGGGUGACACCUCACCUGUGAAGGAGGACGCCAGCAAAGACAUGAGCUCUCUGGCCUACUCUAGCCUAGGGCUGAAAGAUCGCAAAGCGGUAGCCAUCCUGCACUACCCUGGGGCAGCCGCCAAUGGAACCAAGGCCAGUGAGGCUGCCCCUGGUGCCUCGGGAUCUGCAUCUCCAAUGGGCUCUCCUACCACCACCCCUCCCACCAAACCCCCACCCUUUAAUGUGCACCCAGCCCCCCACCUGCUAGCCAGUAUGCAGCUGCAGAAACUUAACAGCCAGUAUCAUGGGAUGGCCGCCACCACUCAGGCCCAACCUGGGGAGGCAGGGCCCCUGCAAAACUGGGGCCUGGGGGCUCAGGCGGGAGGUGCGGGGUCCCCCUCUCCUUCUGCUGGUGCCCAGAGCCCUGCUAUCAUUGAUUCGGACCCAGUGGAUGAGGAGGUGCUGAUGUCGCUGGUGGUGGAACUGGGACUGGACCGGGCCAAUGAGCUUCCGGAGCUGUGGCUGGGGCAGAAUGAGUUCGACUUCACUGCGGACUUUCCAUCUGGCUGCUGAUGCCAGCUGUCCCUAAAGAUGGAGGAAUAAAGCCACCAAUUCUGUUGUAAAUAAAAAUAAAAGUUACAAAGAGAUGGACC